AUGGGAACUGCGAGUAACAAAUGGCGAGAGCUGAUCCGGGUAUCUGCGGUCGACUAUUUCACAGGCGAAACCCUAGUCGACAGCCUUGUGUAUCCAGCCGUUGACAUGCGCAAUCUCAGCACGCGCUAUUCCGGUAUAUCAUGGCGCGACAUGCGGCAGGCUCAACGCAGCGGCAAAUGCUUCUUCGGAAGAGAUGAAGCAAGAGAAGCACUGUGGAAGUUUGUGAGCCCAGAAACGAUUGUUAUUGCUCAUGCAGGCGAAAAUGAUCUCAAUGCCCUCAGAUGGAUCCACCCCCGCGUGUUGGACACACAGAUCCUACAUGGAGGACAAAGAGGGUUGGCAAACCUGUCUUCAUCGAUCCUCGGCAUAUCAAUCCAGACCGGAGAUGGUCAUUGUAGUCUGGAAGAUGCAAUGGCCACAAGAGAGAUUGCCAUUCGCCAUGUCGAGAGACAACUGGCCUGGAAUAGCAGCACAGAGGGCAGCAACGAGCCAGAGGUCGACGGUUCUACCUGGUCUGCGGGGAACAUCGACGAAGUGCAGCCCGAAGAAGAGGACAGCGAUGACAUGGUUGACGAAGAGUAUGACGGAGAGGAGCACGGUUGGUGA